AUGUCAUCGACGGCUACUGUUCCCUCUCGACGUUCCGUCACGGAGAUGCCAACAAGAGGCGAUUUGUCUGAAUUCAUCUCUGCUCAUGGGGAACGACUUGUAGCGUCACAUGUCAAACAAUCUCAGCAGAAAGGGCUUCUGCGAAUAACCCCUAUGGAAAAGACAGACGAAGAUGGAAGAAUACAACGGACUUUCAAACUCCAGGGAUCUGCAGAAGUGUUAUCGGUCAUGAGUGCGCUGGAUGGGAUUGGCAUGGCGGCCAAGAAGCACAGGCAAGAUUGGAUCAACACUGUCCGUUCCUACAAUGAAUCUCAAGCCCAUCUCGAGUCUGCGUUGCAAGAGGCCGGUGUCGAUGAGAAACGCAGAGACGCAUUGCUGGACAACAUUGGCUACAGCGUACUGCAUCCUAUGGACGCCGGUGUUGAAGCAGUCAAAAAGCUCAUUUCCACUCGCUGUACAUCCGAAUCAGGGUCCAGAGCUAGCGAGUUUUUGUCGAAUCUGCAAUCGUUCAUGGGUAAAGGCAGUCGUAUUCUGACACAUUCAAUGGUCAUAACAGGACGAACGGACCCUGGGGAGAUCCUGACCGGGGCAUCGAAGAUCACUAAGGCCAAGGCCAGUGUCCGGAAUUCCAAGGGGAGUCAAGCAAGAGCGAUUGGGCUGUACAGAACCAACGACGACCAUACCGAAUCUAGUACUGUGAAGAAGUAUAGCCGGAUGCCCAGUAUGGGCUUCGUCCUCCAGCAGCGCACUGCACCUCUCUCGAAAGCUGCUAAAUCUGCUCUGGGAUACUGGCCUUCCUCUUCUUCAGCAUGUAGGUCGUCCAAGGUGCCCUCUGACGCUCCAUACUACCCCUCAGCGCCAUCAAUCUCCGGAAGUAACGGCGGUGGUCUCGGAUACAGUCCCUCGGCCCCUUCGCUCAAUGCUGUCGCGACCACCGGUCAGGCUACUCCUCUAGACUACUAUCCUUCUGCCCCUUCAAUCCGCAGGCCUUCGCCCGAUUGCUUCUCAGAGGAGCUGAAUAAGGGUAUCAGUCCUUCGACUGCCAGCGAUGGGUCUUGGGACACCGUUUCGGAAGCCCCCAGUAGUCCUGCUUUGACGGAAGUGUGGAUGGGAAAGGCCGAAGGUGUGGUGUCAUCAGCAACAAAUGGGCCGGUCAUUGAAGACGGUUCAUGGCAUCCGGCCUGGAGGCCCGAGUGA